AUGCAUCAUAAACGAAUUGAACUGCCCAUAAUCAUUUAUAAAUUUAAACUUCUUGAAGUGUCCACAAAUUAAUUCUGAACCAUCUGUGUUUGUUCUUCUUUUGCAUGAGACGCUCUGAUGCCUAAAAGUCUAAAACCCCUCCUUGACAAGGUCAGUGUCCACGUCCCUCGCCGCCGCCACGCUCUCUCGUCUGCCUGAACACGCUCGCCGGCGAUGUCCCGCCCGCCCCCCUCCGCCGCCCGCGUGGCCCUCUACCUCCGCCGCGCCCGCCUCAUCGACUCGCUCCGCCUCCGCCUCCGCUCCCCUUCCUCCCCGCCGCCGCCACCGCCACCCGACGACCCCGUCGUCGCGCUCCACGCCAUCCGCGCCGCCCCGACGCCGGCGUCGGCGAUCUCCGUCUUCCGCGCCCUCCCGCCGCCCCAGCCGCUCCCACUCUUCCAGGCCCUCGCGUCCCGCCUCGCCGCCUUCGCCGCGCUCCCCGACCUCCGCUCCCACCUCGCCUCAUUCCUCUUGCCCCCGCCGCCUCUCGCGCGCCUCCGCCUCCUCGCCGCCGCGGGCGACCACGCCUCCGCGCUCGACGCCUUCGCCUCCGUCCCGGCCAAGCCGCACCGCCCCGCCGAGGCGCACAACCUCCUCAUGGGGCUCCACGUCCGCGCGGCCGACCAUGCCGCCGCCGUGGGGGCCUUCCGCGCCAUGGUCCGCGAGGGCGCGCUCCCGAACGCCCGCACCUACACCGUCGUCAUCGAGCACCUCGCCUCCGCGGGGUUCGUGGACCAGGCGGUCGAGGUGUUCCGCCUCCUCCCGUCGCUGCGCGCGCGGCGGACCACCCGGCAGUACAACGUGCUCGCCGAGGCGCUCGCGUCGGCGGGGAAGUUCGACCAGCUCCGGUGGCUCGUCCGCGAGAUGGUCGCCGUCGACGGCGUCAUGCCCGGUCCGCAAAUGCGCGCCGCCAUCGCCGCCAUGAGGGAAGCGGGACACGCGGAGGGCACGGAGGAUUUCGUCGAGGAGCUUUCACCCAACGAAAGAAUCGGUUACGCCGUGGACGACGUCGACGGCGAGGGAGAUAGCGACGACGAGGAGGAGGAGGGCGACGACGACGAUGGCGUGGACGGUCGUGACAAGGGCAGAGGCAGAGCGACACUGAAGCCAUGGCUGGACCCGCGCGAGCUCGCGAGGGCGCUGGAAGGGUGGGAGCCGAGGGAGGUGGCCGAGCUGGAGGCCGCCGGGAUCGUGUGGACGCCGCGGCUGGUGUGCAAGCUGCUGCGCGCGUUCAAGAAGGCGGAGACGGCGUGGGAGUUCUUCUGCUGGGUGGCGUGCCGCCCCGGCGGCUACGCGCACGACCGGCACACGGUGGCGAGGAUGGUCGCCAUCCUCGCCCGCGCCGGCCACGUCGAGCUGGUGGAACGCCUGCUGGGCAAGGUGCGGGCCGACGGCAUCGUCCUCCCGUUCGCCACCGUGCGGCUGGUCGUCGACUUCUACGGCCUCUCCAAGAAGGCCGACGCGGCGAUCAGGGUGUUCCGGGAAGCCGACUCCAUCUGCGGCGCCGUGUCGAGGCCCAACCUGGCGCUCUUGUGCUCGUCGCUGCUGCGGACGCUGGCUAAAUGCCGGAGAGCGGCGGACGCCAUGGAGCUCCUCGAGGAGAUGAUGUCGCGCGGCGUCCUCCCCGACCUGCAGACGUUCUCCGGCCUGAUGGAGCACCUCGCCGGCGCCGGCGAGCUCAAGGGCGUGCACCGGCUGCUCGGGCUGGUGCGGCAGUGCGAGCUGCAGCCCGACGGGUACAUGUACAGCGUGCUGAUCAAGGUCUACUGCAAGAAGGAGCGCGCCGCGCUCGCGCUGAAGCUGUUCGACGAAAUGCGUGGCGCCGGGGUCGCCCCCGACGCGCCCACCAAGGCGCUGCUGGUGAAGAGCCUGUGGAGGGAGGGGAAGCUCCGGGAGGCGGCGCAGGUGGAGGAGAGGUGCGAGGAGGCGGCCGGCGACGGCCUCCCGGAGGCGUCGCCGGGGCACGUGUGGACGGCGAGCGCCGCCGACCUGAAGAAGGUCUCCGACAUCUACUACGGCUGCUUCACUCAGCCUGCAGCACAGACAGUCAGUACUCCAUAGAUGAUUCCCUUUGGUAUCAAGAUAGCAAAAUGGCCAUGUCAAUCUGAUUGUUCAUGACAAACGGGAAUUAAACUGAUUUUGAUUUUGCGAGAAUCCAAACUGCUUUCUACAAAA